GAACGUAGCUGUCUUGAGUGCCAGAUGUGGAGGAAGACUAAAAAUAAUCUCCCAGGCUAUCACUGAGGGAGAAGAAACACGUGCUCGGGGCGAGCGAGCGCCGGAUCCCAGGACCCCGAGCCGGGCGGAGCAGAAAGAGUCCCCCAGCUCGUGGCCCCAACGCUGCGCUCUGGGCACCACACGCACGGUGGGAGCCGCUCCUUCCCAGGCUGCUCCCCGCCCACUCCGCGCCGGGCUGCCCCCCUCCAUUCUGAAGCCUUCACAGCUUGGGACUCGGCUCUUCGCAUUGCUUGGGAGGAAAAUGGACCCCAGAAGUUGCAGACGGGGAAGACAGCCUCGGGGCUGGGGAAGCUUCUUCCCCCUGACUCUGUGCAUCCUCCUGUUGCUACUAGAUACGGGCUCUGCAAGAGGGUUAUGGAAACGCGCCGUACACCUGAAGUUGGCGGAGAAAUCCCAAGAUUAUGAAUAUCCUCUCCAUUCUCAUGGUGGCCACCAUCCCCGGAAUGAGCGCUGUCCCCCGCCCCCCCAAACACUACCCAAAGGGGCUUGUGAAGUGACCAGCUGCCGCUCAGACUCCGUAUGUGAAAGGCACAAACGUUGCUGCUUCAAUGGGUGCACCUAUGCCUGCCUGGAAUCAGUGCAACCUCCACCAGUUCUAGAUUGGCUGGUACAGCCCAAACCACGCUGGCUAGGUGGCAAUGGCUGGCUGCUCGAUGGCCCGGAGGAGGUAUUACAAGCAGAGGCCUGUAGCACCACAGAGGACGGGGCAGAACCUCUCCACUGCCCCACAGGCUACGAAUGUCACAUCCUAAACCCUGGCAACUCUGCAGAGGGAAUCCCCAACAGAGGACAGUGCAUCAAGCAACGGAAGACUUCUGAUGGACAAAACCUGAAACAUAAGCCCUACAAGGAAGUCGUAGGAAGUAAUGCCAAUUAUGUAGUUGGCCAUGAGAAAGAGCAACAGAAACGUUUGCAGUAAUCUAACGGGUGAAUUGAAAAUGUGUGAAUAAAUGAAAAGUUAUGCAAACUUGGCCCUGAAGAAGAGAUAUAGAAUGCAACGCCCUCCUUGCUUUGGAGAAGUGGGGUACUACGGGUACGGAGCACUUCAUACAACACCGAAUUUGGCUUAUUGCUGUGUUGGUUAGUUUUGUUGAACUAUUUUUUUCUAUGGCUCUCUGGGGGAGGAGGGAAGGGUAUAUU